CCUUGUUUCCCCUCGGCAGCCAUGAUGCGAGCCUCACUGCAUGAACCUGAAUGUCGAAUGAUGCAAGGACUCCUAGGGCUUCAAUGAUCCAGAUCCUGUUCAAGUCGUGGGACUGAAGCUUUACUACCAGAUUGCGCGAGUCUCAGUGGACGUGUCCGAAGCCCCUCUUUGUGUGGUAUAUAUAUGGGUGUCCACGCACGGAUCAACUAAGGAUCACAACUUGAUAGCAGUUCGUUUCAGGGGUAGUUAUCCCAAUGUCUUCCUCCACCCCACCCCACCCUACAGACGAUUCAGAUUCACAGUGUGCCAACUCCGACAACUUCGUUCAUUGUGACGGUCUUUUUUUAACGAUCCUACUGGGGGUACUUUUUUUCCCGUUCUACGCAGCGAUUUUGUUGUAUGCUCUCUACAGGAUCGUUUUAUGUGUGCGUGGUGCACUCUGUGCUAUAUGUGGUGCGCCCUCCGGCAGAGCUUUGAACGUACAGCUACAAUCCAUGGAGGACGACGGGAUACAUGAAGGAGGUGGAACGCCAAUCCCUCUAGUGUUCUGCGGGACUUGGAUGAGACCACCAACCCAAGAAGCCGCAAGCGUGGAUCAGUCUGAAUGGUCAAGUAUUCAGCCUAUAUCGGUGUCUGUCAGCUCUCAGGUUGCAUGUAAAUCCGCGCUCGGAAUGGGCACGUUUGAAUCUGCGGUAUCUGCUGAUACUUCUACACGGCCCUUUCCCGAUGACUCCAAGUCUUCUUCGCUGGUUCAGAAUUCCCCAGAAGUCGCAACGGUCGCCGUGAUGAUCCAGAUGCCUUCUCCCGUUCUCCGGUGUUGUAAGGAUAGAGAGGGCUUUUCAAAUAACCCCGCUGGACCAGAUCAUGCCCUGUCAGGGUAUCACAUUGGCGUAGCACAGGUUCAGUGCGUGGACACUCGAUGUUGACAUGGUCUGCGUUUUCUUUUUUGCUGCUAGUCUCGGCACACGGGUGCAGCCGCUCUGUGGACGGCUUGUGGUGGCUCUGAGGUCCAGAUGUGUUCGAAUUUUCAUCUGUGUACUGUAGCAGUAUGUCCUUUGCGAAAGAAGUGUUAUCGGAUCCCGUAAACAAGCAUGGACAGUGUACAAUCGAC